AAAGGACCCUAUUCCAAUCGAGAGUCCUGAAAACCUGACUAACUUCUGGAGAAACAUGUUGCGCCUCCUGCUGCUGCCACUCUUCCUCUUCACCUUGUCCAUGGCUUGCAUGGGCCAGACCUUUCAGUACUCCCGCGGCUGGACAAAUGGCAAAAGGGCUCUGAGUCCUGCAUCACCGCUCCUGGCAAACGGCCAUUUCCAUCGAAGCAACGAGCUGGGAUUCACGGAUCUGUACGAUCUGCAGGAUUGGAGCAGUGAGCGUAAACUGGAGCGGUGUCUGUCGCAACUCCAGAGAUCAUUGAUUAGUCGAAAUUGUGCCCCGGGAGCGGACUUUAAUGCCAACCGAGCUGAUGCGGAACCUGAGAGCAACCCUCAUCCCAGACUAAACAACCUAAAUAAUGAAAAUGUUUUAUACUCAAAUGCCAAUAUCCCGAAUAGGCAUCGUCAGUCGAACGAACUGCUUGAUGAACUGAGUGCAACUGGUGGAGCUUCUGCCGAACCUAAUUUGUUCGGAAAACAUUAGAUAUAAUCUCUGGAGUCUAUUGAAUGAGAACACUAUAGUUAAACUAGCAAAAAAUGCUACAAAAAUGUAAAAAAAAAUUGUUGUAAAUGUUAAAUUAAACGGAGGCUUU